AUGUAUAGCGGCAAAUCGGUAUUAUUUCUUAAGGGUUUAAUUUAUACCUUAAAUAAGUGCUUGCACUAUCAUUUCUCUGUGGAUUAUCAAGAAUACUGUCUUGCAUUGCGAGAUAAUAUUAUUGACAUUUAUAGAGAAAUUAUACAAGUUUUACGAUUGCUAUUUAUUGAAAAAGGAGAUAUUUUAUCAUCAUCUAUAAUAGACAACGCAUCGCGAUAUUCAGAUGGAAAAGUUAUGGAAGCGUUUAACACAACGCCUAUUAUCUGCAUAUUUGAAAUUGUAGCAAGUCAAUCGCCGCAUUUACGUAUUGCUGGAUUAGGAUUUUUAGAUGUACUAAUGUCGCAGCGUAAGGACCACCAAGAAGUAAAGAAUACUUUAAAACUUCUGAUUAAUGUAAUCCGCGUGAAUAGUAGAUUAUUGCAGGGUGUAAUCGAUCAUGAUGUGUUCUCAGUUCUCCUUCGUGGAAUGCCUAGGAUUUCAAAAUACCGCAAUAUUCUUAUAACAAGGACGAUUGCUUGUGCGGCUAGAUCAGCAACUGCAUCACAGAUUAAACAAAUAGCUGAAAAUCACUACGUAAUACAGCAUUUAUUUGAAACACUGAUGACAAACGAAGAAUAUGAGAUUUUAGGACCAACGAUACAAGGAAUAGCAGAUCUUGUCAAAAAAAGCAAGCAAUCACCAGAAUUAUUCGAAAAUAAUAAAGCUAAAGUACUACCCAAACUCGAAAUGAUACGUAUUGAAUUUUCUCAACAUUCAACGGUAUUACAACCAGCAAACCAACUUGUUCGUUUAUUGAAUCUUAAAAGUAAGAAAAAGUAA